AUGACAAAAGUCAAUGGUAAGAACAAAAAAGCUCCGGUAAAAAAGCUGGAGCAACUGGCAAAUUUUAAGUACAAAUAUGAUCUGCUGACGAAUGAGCUAUUUCAUUUGAAGGAAUUCAUGUCACUAAUAGAGUUUGAUCCCAGCUAUUGCAAUGAUAAUGAAAAUUACCGGCGGUUUCUACAGGAUGAAGACCUAACAUUAGAAAGCAUACAACCACCACAGAAUACUAGCAAUGAUUACAGCCUUGAAGAAAAUCCUAAACGAAGUAAGAUGGAUGGACCAGUGCGAAGGCGGCAAUUACGAGGCUCGACAUCAACGGCGCAAGUUGAAAAUUCACUAUGGGCAAAUGUUGAAGUCAGGGUACGAGAAAAGUAUGAUGAUCUGAGUCGAUUGUUGAAAUCUAAUGAUAUGAGUGAAAUGAUAGCAAUAGAUAAAGCAAAUCAAGAAGUGAUUGGGCAAUCAAAAGUUCCUAAACUGGCCCAGAAAAGGACAAAGAAGCGCGAUGAGCAUCAUGACGUUAACGGCCAUAAUCCAGCUACUAAAAAACAGAACACUGUUAAAAUAGAAGGAAAUUCGCAUACUGAGACCACUAUCCCGUCGAAUAGUUUUACCAUCGAGGAGAGUGGUAGUGAAAGUGACCAUUUUUACUUCACAACAUCCUCAGAAGAUGAGACCCAAGAGAGCACACGUUCUCGGAGGAAGAGACCUCGGAUCACUUUAGAAGUUCAUCCGCCACGCCAAACGGUGACAAAUCCGUUACAUGUAAAUAAGUCUAGAUUUAAAAAUUUGCAUGAGUUUUUGAGUUCGUUCAAAUAUAUGGAAGAAGAUAUGACAAUAGAAGAGUAUGAAAAGUACAUUAAGGAACAAGCAGAAAUUCUCGCCGCAAUUAGAAAAGGUUUAGAAAGAGGUGCUUUAAAAUAUGAUCCUGGAACAGAUUCAGUGGUCCCCAUUACAACGAAGGAGGCGCGUAUUAUUCAAUCAAAUAAGCCAGAUCCAAUUUCGUAUUUUUAUAAGGAGCAAAACUUACAAACAUUUCAGGAUUACUUACUCAAUCAUGGUGUUUAUAUGAGUAAGCUCUUCCAAAAUACCAAAAGAGCCAGAAUCGCAAGGGCACGUAAAGUGUCGAUUAUGAUCGAACAACACUUUAGACACAUUGCAGGGGCCGAGGAACGAAAAGUCAAAGAUGAGGAAAAGCGAAAAAGAGCUCUAGCAAGAGCAGCAAUGCAAGCAGUUAAAAAAAGAUGGACAGUGGCGGAGAAAGCAUAUAGAGUCCUGAGAAAAGAUAAGGAGGAGCAAAUAAAGAAAAUUAAGGGCAAAGAACAUUUGUCUAAAAUGUUGGAGCAAAGCACACAACUUCUGGGUGCUCAGUUAAAUCGAAAUAAUAAGGAAACUGACUCGGUCUCUGAGCACAAUGAUUCAGAAGAAGUUUUAAGUGAUAGUGAUGAUGAGUCUUUGACUUCGACAUCUGAGGAAGAUCUCGAUGUUAACGGUAUAGAGGAAGAUGUUGAGAUGGAUGAGUUAAUAGAUCAGAAGGUAAUCAGAAAAGAAACAAAUUUGUCCUUUCAAUCCGCAUUGAGAUCUCCAGAGUUGAAUACUAAAGUGAGUGUGUCUUCUGAAAUGCCAGAAUCCGACUUAGGUUCCGUUACAACUGAAGAUUCACUAUCUGAAGAAGAAACAUACUCAGAAGCAUCAAAUGAGGAUGGGCCUGCUGAGCAAAAUGUAGGAUUGGCAUCACUUUUUGAUAAAAAUGAUGAUGAAAAAAAUGAUGAUGAAAAUGAAAUUGAUUACGUGCAGAGCUCUGACCAGCUUGAUGAAAACAACCCAAAUUCAGAGAGCGAUGAGAGUGACGAGAAAGACGAAAGUGGUGAGGAUGAUGAGAGUGCCAAGCAACAGGAGCAAAACAAUAAUGGAGAUGGGUUUGAUUUGAAGAAAAAUCAAGAAAGUGGUGAAACUGAGAACAAAGUUAUAGAGAAGGCUCCAGUCAGUGAUCCUUUGUCUGUGAUUGACGUUCCAGUUCCUCAAUUACUAAGGGGAACGCUAAGAACGUAUCAAAAGCAGGGUCUAAACUGGAUGGCAUCUUUGUAUAAUAACAAUACUAACGGUAUUUUGGCAGAUGAAAUGGGCCUAGGAAAAACCAUUCAAACUAUCUCUCUUUUGUGCUAUCUGGCAUGUGAAAAAGAGAAUUGGGGACCCCAUUUAAUAAUAGUUCCGACCUCAGUGCUAUUAAACUGGGAGAUGGAACUUAAAAGGUUUGCGCCCGGGUUUAAAGUUAUGACUUAUUAUGGCUCCCCACAACAACGUAAGGAAAAAAGGAAAGGGUGGAAUAAACCUGAUACUUUUCAUAUUUGUAUCGUUUCAUAUCAAUUGGUCGUGCAAGAUCAAAACUCGUUCAAGAGGAAGAAGUGGAAAUAUAUGAUUUUAGAUGAAGCCCAUAAUAUAAAAAAUUUCAGAUCGACCAGAUGGCAGGCAUUGCUGAAUUUCAACAGCGAAAGAAGGCUUCUCUUAACAGGUACUCCUCUACAGAACAAUAUUGCGGAGCUUUGGUCACUGCUUUAUUUCUUAAUGCCACAAACUAUCACUGAUGGCAAGCAAUUCUCUGGAUUUGCUGACCUAGAAGCAUUCCAGCAAUGGUUCGGCAGACCUGUUGAUAAAGUUAUCGAAACGGGUGAGAAUCAAGAAUAUGAUGCUGAAACCAAGAAGACUGUUAACAAGUUGCAUCAAGUUCUACGGCCUUACUUACUAAGAAGAUUGAAGGCCGAUGUCGAAAAGCAAAUGCCAGGCAAAUAUGAGCACGUUGUCUAUUGUCGCUUAUCUAAAAGACAAAGGUUUUUGUACGAUGAUUUCAUGUCAAGGUCACAAACGAAGGCGACUCUUGCAAGUGGUAAUUUUAUGUCUAUUAUCAAUUGUCUGAUGCAAUUAAGAAAAGUGUGUAACCAUCCAGAUCUUUUUGAGGUUAGACCCAUUUCAACAUCCUUUUGUAUGGAAAAAUCGGUAGCACAUGAUUAUACCUCGAUGAAUACUUUUGUUCAUAAGUUGUUACAUUGCAAAGAUUUAGAAUCAAAUGUAAAUCUUGAUUCCCUGAACUUUAUUUUUACAAAUAAUGAUUUAACAUCAACUUUACAUCAUUCCCAAUCUAUCAGUAAAUUAAAAUGCAUAAAUGAAUUUGUGGAACAAGUUAAUUUAUCAAGACAACAAGAUAAUGCAGAAGCUUUGGAAUCAACGGCAUCGUCGGAUUAUGCCAAUGCAUAUGACUUUUUCAAUAGUCUCGGAGAACAGACAUUGCAACAGAAGAUUAAUAAACUUGAGUCAAUGCAAAAUAUAAAUAAAAUGCGAUGUGAGCGGAGACCUAUGUAUGGACAAAAUGUAAUCAAAUUACUUCAAAUUGCGAAUCCAGAUGAGGCCAAACUAUAUCAUUCAGAAUGUUUACAAAAUCACCUCCAGACAUAUGCAGAUAUUAUCGAAUGUUUUGCUGUGAUUACUCCAGCUGCUGUAUCGUUAUCGAUAAGAGAUUUGACAAUCGGCUUAAAUGAUGAGAGCUUGAUCGAUAAGAACAAAAAAAAUUCUUUAGUCACCGACUUUUUUGAAAUGAAUAACCCGCUUCAUCACCUGCAAACAAAGAUGACCAUCGCAUUUCCCGAUAAAUCCUUACUGCAAUAUGAUUGUGGUAAAUUGCAGAAACUAGCAACACUAUUACAACAGUUAAAGGACAACGGUCAUAGAGCACUACUUUUUACUCAAAUGACAAAAGUCUUGGAUAUCCUGGAGCAGUUUUUAAACUAUCACGGUUAUCUGUACAUGAGACUUGAUGGGGCAACCAAAAUCGAGGACCGCCAGAUCCUUACCGAAAGAUUCAACAGUGAUCCGCGUAUCACCAUCUUCAUCCUAUCCAGUAGAUCCGGAGGUCUUGGAAUAAACUUAACGGGUGCAGAUACUGUUAUAUUUUACGAUUCCGACUGGAAUCCUGCAAUGGACAAGCAAUGUCAGGAUAGAUGUCAUAGAAUUGGUCAAACAAGAGAUGUUCAUAUAUACAGAUUUGUCAGUGAGCAUACGAUCGAAAGUAAUAUUCUGAAAAAGGCAAAUCAAAAGAGACAUUUGGAUAACGUGGUCAUUCAGAAGGGUGACUUCACCACAGAUUAUUUCACGAAACUAUCUGUGAAAGAUCUACUUGGAAACGAAGUCCCCGAUGGCAUAAAAAACGACAUAAAUGAUAAACCAUUGCUCCAACAGGAUUCAGACGCCAAUAACGAUCCCAAAAAAUUAGAGAAGUUGCUUGCGCAGGCAGAAGAUGAAGAUGACGUUAAAGCAGCAAAUCUGGCAAUGCAAGAGGUAGAAGUUGACAAUGACGAUUUCGAUGAACACAAAGUUCCUACACUACACGGCGAGAGCACAGGCACAGAUCUCGCCAAAGAGCGAAUCGAGGAUGAAUACGAAGGAACAAACCACGUCGAAGAGUACAUGUUAAGAUUCAUAGCCAAUGGCUAUUACUACUGA